GCAAAAUAGUCUGCAGCAAAACACCGCGUGAAAUCUUUCUUUCAAGACAAGCCGUGCACAGCCUCACCCCAUCUGUUCGUAGGCAAGAAGACGAACGGAGGAGCAACACGCACCAAAAGGCAGACCGUUGGUAUUCGGCAGCAUCACACAAACCCGCACACUCACAUACGCCUCUCUUGCCUACCCACACACACACACACACACUUCGAGGUACACAAAGUUUGUUUGUGUCGCGGUCAACCAGCCAUCAGCAAGACAACCCGUAUAUCUCUUCCUUUACGCCUCCGCCUACGCGUCACCUCACCCUCAGGAUGUACGGCUUGCUGCACAAGGCCCUCACCAGCUGGGUGGAAUCCCUGCCCGAUGGAGAUGAGCUCUUGCAAGAGAUUAUGAAAGUGAUCAACUUCUCCGGCCACCCGGACGACUUCUUCCGUUACUACUCUGACGAGCAAACCGCCCUGUUCCUCAGCACCGUUGCAAAGAUCACUGGCCGCUCGGAGGAGGACUGCAAGUAUGAGGCGGGCGGGUUCUUCCUUACCGGUAUCCUGGAGAGCGGCUAUGGCCAUGCCUUGCGCACCCUGGGCGAUGACUUCUUCACUAUGCUGCAAAACCUCGACAGCCUCCACGAGUCGUUUCUUCCGUCCUUCCCCAAGAUGCGCACGCCCUCCAUCCGGCCGACCCGCAACCCAGACGGCACCAUGACCAUCCACUACUACUCUGACAGCGUUGGCCUUGCGCCCUUCAUGAUGGGUGCCCUCAAGGCGUGUGCCCUCCGCAUCUAUGACCUCGACAUUGACAUCCGCCAUCGAACAAAGAAGGGCGCUGGAGACAACCACGACGUGUUCCACGUUUUCAUGGACCCAAGGGGAUUUGGCAUUGAGAAGGAAGUCGACGAGACAGUCAACAACAUGUGCAACCUGACACUGUCGGGAUCGCUCACCAACGACCUGUUUCCAUGGCACUUUGCUGUCGGCCGUGACCUCAACGUCACGUCUGUCGGGAAACACCUUGGCAGCCGGCUGAAGGAGCCGCCCGUUGGUCGCCCCGCAAAGGCCAUCUUCAAGAUUGUCAACCCGGUGGACGUCACGUUUGACUUUGAGACGCUCGCCUCCCUCGACGGCGUGUCGUGCCUCUUCAAGAUCGACGUGAAGCAUCUCCGUGACCCGGCGUUUGCAACCGCAGGCACACCCGGCUCCGUGCACAGCGUGUCCCUCGGCGCCGCCUCGCACACAAGCAGCCAGCGCGCAGACGCUUGCCCCUUCUCGGGCAACUCCUCCAUGGCAUCGUCCAACAUGUCCUCCAAGCGGUCCUCUGCGCUGAGCUUUGCGUCCCACCGCUUCAACAUGCGCGCAGAGCACAUCAAGCUGCACGGGCAGGUCACCUACCACGCCGACUCGGACUGCGUCGUGUUCUUCGGCACCCCGGCCCUGCGCUCCCUGGAGGAGAUGGAGGCACAGCGCAUUGAGCUGUCGGAGAUGCCGCUGCACAGUCACGGCCGCGAGUACCUGUACGGCUCCAUGUUCCAGUCCGCCUCUGCCAAGAACUCCAACGAGGUGGACAAGAAGCUUGCCGAGCUGGACCAGUCCAUGGCAGAGGUGCAACACAAGAAGAAGGAGAUUGACUCGCUCCUCCACAGCAUCCUCCCACCGACGGUUGCUGGUUCACUGGCCAGAGGCGAAAUCCCUCCUGCAGAGCGCUACCAACACGUGACUGUUCUCUUCAGCGAUAUUGCCGGUUUCACAAACAUUUCUUCGGAUGUGCCGGCAACAGAGGUGAUGGACAUGCUACAUGAGCUCUUCCUGAAGUUUGAUGACCUGGCAGACAAGCACGGCUGCUACAAGGUGGAGACAAUUGGCGACGCGUACAUGGUGGCUGCCGGCUGCCCGGAGAAGUGUGAGGACCACGCUCUGCGUGUUGCCCGCUUGGCCAUUGACAUGGUGCGCACGGCACAGUCGGUGCUGUCGCCACUUGACGGCGAGCCGAUCCGCAUCCGCGUUGGGCUGCACUCUGGCCCGUUGAUGGCCGGUGUUGUUGGGCGCGCGCGUCCACGCUACUGUCUGUUUGGCGACACCGUCAACGUCGCCUCGCGCAUGGAGAGCAACGGCCUGCCGGGAUGCAUCCAAACAAGCUACCGCUUCACGCAGGCGCUGCCACCGGACCAUCCGUUGGAGAUUGUGGCGCGCGGGCACAUCGACAUCAAGGGCAAAGGCUGCAUGAAGACGUUCCUGGUGCUCGGGGCACACGACGACGGCGACCAGGAGCCACUGCUCCCGACGGAGAGCACGUCAGAUGAUCUUGCGCCAAAGCUGUACGAAAUGAUGGCUGGCAAGUCCAACGUGGAGGAUCGCUUGGCAGAGAUCAGCACGAGCGCAACCGCUCUUCGCAACAGGCGAAAGCAGUUGGCACGCUCCCACGUUGUGUAGCGGCUGCUGAGCCCACGAAGUCGGGUGUCAGUGCACGCACGCAUUGUCACACACACACACCCAUGUGUCUAACGUGAGCUGAUUUGUUCGCCUGUUGACAAACAGUGUGUUACUGUCAGCUGCAGCAGCAACAACAACAACAACAACAACAACAACAACAACAACAACAACAACAACAACAACAACGUCAUCAUCAAAUUCAUGACCAUCACCCUGCUUUUGUCUCAAACACUCCAGUACACCAAUCAAGGCAACCUACCCUUGGUCUUUGCAUUCUCCAUGUGCGCGGCGUUUUGGUUGCCUCAUUUCGUUUGAUGUUUUGUUCGAGUUGACGUGUGAGCUUUCGGUCUUUACAGAUUGUGCACUUCCCUUGCGUCUGAACGGUCGCCUUGCUUGUGACCAGCAGCACAUGUUGACAUGGGCACGUGCUGUCUGUGCUUCGCUUUCGCCUUCGUAAACAGCAGCUGCAACAACAUAUAGAGAGCAACCCGGACCAUUCGUGGUUCAGUGCUGCACAAAGACAGUGACACGCCAACCCCUUUCAUUCAUUUACUUCUUCAUGCAUACGGA